UUCUGGGAAAGUGUCAUCUGGACGCCAUUUCCACUCCAAGCAGAGGAGGGUAGUAGUUUUGGAGAACCCGCAAGCUUUGAAGGCACAAUGGCAAGCCCGGGUAAAGACAACUACAGGAUGAAGAGCUACAAGAACAAAGCCUUGAAUCCUCAAGAGAUGCGUCGGAGGAGAGAGGAAGAAGGAAUCCAGCUACGCAAGCAGAAACGAGAAGAGCAGCUGUUUAAGAGGAGAAAUGUAUGUGCGCCUUUAGUGGAUGAGUCAAUGUCAGAAUGUCCCAUCCAGGAUCCAGACAUCAGCUCCACCGUACCCGUUGCCAGCGAUGGGCUCAUAACACCUGAUAUGAUUCAGAUGAUCUUCUCCGAAGACCCAGACCACCAGUUAAUUGCGACGCAAAAAUUCAGAAAACUGCUCUCCAAAGAGCCCAACCCUCCCAUAGAUGAGGUCAUUGCCACUCCCGGUGUUGUGAAUCGCUUUGUUGAGUUUCUCAAGAGGAGUGAAAACUGCACAUUGCAGUUUGAGGCAGCCUGGGCUUUAACCAACAUUGCCUCAGGCACCUUCCUGCACACCAAAGUUGUCAUCGAGACAGGAGCUGUGCCCAUUUUCAUUGAGCUGCUGAAUUCCGAGUACGAGGACGUCCAGGAACAGGCGGUGUGGGCUUUGGGGAACAUCGCUGGAGAUAAUGCAGAGUGCAGAGACUACGUGCUCAACUGUGACAUCCUGCCCUUUCUGCAGCAGUUACUUGCAAAAUCCAACCGUCUUACGACGACCCGAAACGCCGUCUGGGCUCUGUCCAACUUGUGCCGCGGGAAGAACCCUCCGCCGGAUUUCUCCAAGGUGUCGCCAUGCCUUAGCGUGCUGUCCAGGCUUCUUUUCAGCAGCGAUCCAGAUGUGCUAGCCGAUGCUUGCUGGGCUCUGUCCUACCUGUCUGAUGGGCCCAAUGAGAAGAUCCAGACUGUUAUUGAUUCUGGAGUCUGUCGCAGGCUGGUGGAGCUGCUCAUGCACAGUGACUACAAGGUGGUGUCUCCUGCUUUACGGGCAGUGGGCAACAUCGUUACAGGAGAUGACAUUCAGACGCAGGUGAUCUUGAACUGUGCAGCACUGCCUUGUUUACUACACUUGCUCAGCAGUCCCAAGGAGUCUAUCAAAAAGGAGGCCUGCUGGACCGUGUCCAACAUCACUGCCGGAAACAGAGCUCAGAUUCAAAACGUGAUUGACGCCAACAUCUUCCCAGUACUGAUUGAGAUCCUUCAGAAGGCAGAGUUCCGCACAAGGAAAGAGGCAGCGUGGGCAAUAACCAACGCCACCUCUGGCGGCACCCCGGCACAAAUAAGGUACCUGGUUUCUUUGAACACCAUCAAGCCCAUGUGUGACCUUCUCACGGUGAUGGACUCCAAGAUCGUGCAGGUGUCGCUGAAUGGUCUGGAAAAUAUCCUCCGACUGGGAGAACAGGAGGCCAAACAGAACGGAACAGGCAUCAACCCUUACUGCGCUCUUAUCGAGGAGGCUUACGGCCUGGACAAGAUUGAAUUCCUGCAGAGCCAUGAGAACCAGGAGAUCUACCAGAAGGCCUUCGACCUGAUUGAACACUACUUUGGCGUGGACGAGGAGGACGCCAGCCUGGCGCCACAGGUGGACCAGGGCCAGGGCCAGUUUAUCUUUCAACAGCAGGAAGGACCCAUGGAAGGUUUCCAGCUCUAACCCAGACCGUCAAGGAUGCUGGGUCCUCACCUACCUUGGCCGCAUGUCCACAUCCUCGAUGUCUUACAAAAGAACUUGUGUGAAGAGGCGUGGAGUGUGAUUACUGCGAUAAUGUGAGAGAACUGUGGGCAAAUUGAUGUUGCCCUGGCAUGUGGGAGCCUACCGGGCGCUAGUCCCCACACCACUGAACAACUCCCCGUUUGGAUAUAAUUCUGCUACAAUUGUAUCUUUUUGGCUUCCUGUGAUAUUAUUUGUAUGAUUCUGAAUUGUGUCAAUGCUACUUGUGUUACAGUUGGCAUACUAGUUAGUAUACAUAUCUCUAUUUGAAUGUGUAACUACCUCUACAGUCCUCACACACACAAAGAGGGAGGACAAAUCAGUGAGCAGGUGGUGUUUUUGUUCUUUGAUUCUGAUGCAAGCUGUUGCAGCAGGUACUGGAUGGAAAUGCAGUGCAGAUUGUCAGCCUCCUUCCUCUGUAAGUGGCGCCUUCUUCAUUUCCUUUAUUACUCGUCUUGAGAGUAGCGCCUGUGUCCAUGCAAGCGUUGGCUAACGUGUAGUGUUUUUCCUGAAGUAUUGCAAGUCAUUCAUCAAUACAUUUAAUGGCUUCCUGCUGUGGUAGCCUGAACAAGCAACAUCACUGAAGUUUAAUGAUUCAGCAGGAUUGAAUUGGAGGGCUUUGUCAUAUAGAGUGGUGUGGAAAAGUGUCUGCCCCUCUUCCUGAUUUUUUUUUUUUGUUGCAUGUUUGUUGCCCUUAAAUGUUUCAGAUCAUCAAACAAAUUUAAAUUUUACUCAAUGACAACACAACUGAACACAAAUGCCAUUUUUAAAUUAAACUUUUUAUUAUUAAGGGAGGGAAAAAAACUCAAACCUACGUGUGGAAAAAGUGAUUGCUCCCUAAAGCUAAUAAGUGGUUGGGCCCCCCCCCUUAGCAGCAACAACUGCAGUCAAGCGUUUGUGAUAACUUGCAAUGAGUCUUUUACAGCGCUGUGGAGGAAUUUUGCUGAGUUGUUUGUUUUGCAGAAUUGUCAUUCAGCCACAUUGGAGGCUUUUCCAGCAUGAAGCUCCUUUUUAAGGUCAUGCCACAGCAUCUCAAUGGGAUUCAGGUCAGGACUUGGACUAGGCCACUCCAAAGUCUUCAGCCAUUCAGAGGUGGACUUGCUAGUGUGUUUUGGAUCAUUGUCCUGCUGCAGAACCCAAGUUGCUUUCAGCUUGAGGUCACCAACAGAUGGUCGGACAUUCACAGCAAGUCUUCCAGGUCCCGAAGCAGCAAAACCGCCCCAGACCAUCACACUACCACCACCACAUUUUACUGUUGCUAUGAUGUUCUUUUUCUGAAACACCAGUUGUAAUGGGACACACACCUUCCAAAAAGUUCAACUGUUGAGUAUUUUCCCAAAGGUCUUGGGGACCAUCAAGAUGAUUUCUGCCAAAAUUGAGACGAGCCUUAAUGUUGUUUUUGUUCAGCAGUGGUUUUGGUCUUGGAACUCUGCCAUGCAGGCCGUUUUUUCCCAGUGUCUUUCUUAUGGUGGAGUCAUGAACACUGACCUUAACUGAGGCAAGUGAGUCCUGAAGUUCUUUGGAUGUUGUUGUGGGGUCUUUUGUGACCUCUCGGACGUGUCGUUGCUGCAGUCUUGGGGUCAUUUUGGUUGGCCGGCCACACCUGCGAAGGUUCACCACUGUUCCAUGUUUUGUGGAUAAUGGCUCUCACUGUGGUUGGCUGGAGUCCCAAAGCUUUAGAAAUGGCUUUAUAACCUUUUCCACACUGAUAGAUCUCAAUUCAUCUCAGUUAUGUUUUAACAGGGUGGGCAAUCAGCUUUUCACACAAGGCCACGUAGCUUUGGAUUUUUUUUCUCCCUUUCAUAAUAAAGUUUCAUUUAAAAACUGUGAAAAGUGUUCAGUUGUGUUGUCAUUGACUAAUUUGAUUAGUUUGAUCUGAAACAUUUAAGUGACAAACGUGCAGGAAAAACAAGAAAUCAAGAAGGCGCAAACAGUUUUUAACAUCAAUGUACACGUGAGAGUGUAAAUGUCAGUGAAAUGUUUGCAUAAGUAGUCAUGACCGCUUCUCUUUAAUACCUCCAUUCAUUGAUUACGAUCAGGUUCACUCAUCAGAGGGCAUGCUUCUCACCCAUUGGGCUGUUGAGUUGGCGGGGGGGGGUCUGCGGACUAUGUUUUGGACGUGCAAAUACAAGUUUCCUAUCUUGACGUUCAUUCUGUUGUUGGCUGUUGAAGAAUAAAGUCCCGCUUGAGACCAACACUGCCAGCUGCUUUUAAUCGCCACAUUCGUCACGUCGGGGUUACCAAUGUGGUACUUGAAAGGCGCACGCAAUGUUGGGCUCAAGCAGCAGCGUUAUUCUUCAAAAGAACGACAAGACAGGAAACAGCGAACACGUGCGCGCCCAAGACGUCGUCCACAGGUCACGCCCUCCAACCCAACAUCCGAACUGGUGAGAGGUGUCCGCCACAGUGUGCGUGUUAGUUUGUCUUUAUAUUUGGAAUCGGUGGUUGUGUUCAUUUUUCUACUUUAGUCGUUUUGACAUAAAGUGAUUACGGAUUAAUGUCAAUUGGCGGAAAACAUGAAAUGUUCUAUAUUUACAAGAAAUAGAAAAUAUUUGUAAUGCAGAAUUUAUUUCAUCUAGCACAUGCAACAGUGUAUAGUUUUCUAAUAUCUGUGGUUUGUAAGAUUGUAUAGAUACUAGGGCUGUCAAUCCAUUAAAGUAUUUCAUCACGAUUAAUUGCAUUUUG